AUGCACUUUAGCGGCGCGUCUCACACCAACGCGACGCGCUACAACGCCCUCGUCAUGUCCAAGGUCAACCACAGGGCCAAGCUCGCAGAGCUCACGGCCCUUCGCAAGGCUGGCAAGAAGGCAUUUGACAGCUACAAGGUAGAAGACGUCAAUGCCCUCUACGACGAAGUGGAUGAAGAUGGCUACAAGAAAAUUGUCAGAGAUCGCCUGAACGAGGAUGAUUUUGUUGUUGACGACAAUGGCGAGGGCUAUGCCGACGACGGUCGUGAAGACUGGGACCGUGUCCGUCAGUACGAUUCUGAAAGCGAUCUAGAGGAACGUCCUACACGAGGUCGCCAAAGCAAAGCCAACAAAGCAAACCGCCAAGCAGAACAAGCCAAGCGAGAUGCCAACGACCGAAACAUUAGCGAAUACUUUACAAAGAACCCGACCAAACCGCAACAAAAACCCAAGAUCGUAAAGACGGACGACGAUGUUGACUUCAUGGCAAACCUCCUCGGAGAGGUUGAUAGCAACAUCCCCGCUCCUGCGCCGCGGAUUCCAAAACAGGAGCGCUCGGGAGAGCGCCGCAAAUCCAGGGCGCUUUCGCCUGCGCCAGAACCCGCCGGAAAGAAGCAAAAGCGACUACACGCACGACUAUUGUCGCCUCAAUCCACCGCACCUCUCAGCGACGACGACGGAUACAUGCCGCCUCUAGAUGAGGAUCCGGUACCUGCCAGCGAUGUUCUAAUGAGCGACCCGGCCCCGUCAUCCCCUGCUGCCAAAGUAGCGCAACGCAAAGCCCAGCUGAAGCAAGAAAUCAAGAAGGAGGACUCCGACGACGAGGAAACAAUCGAGGUUGCCCACGCGGCUUCUGUCACGACAGCCUCUGUCAAUUUGGCCAGCUCUCGUCCAAUCAAGAAGCUACGCAAAGAAGAACUUUACCCAUCUCCAGCCAGCUCGUCACCAGUCAAGCCGGUUGAUGACGUUGACUCCUCGUCUUGGAACAAGUUGACCGAAAAGCUUAACGUUGUGAGCAACCCUUCAGAGACUCGCGGCCUAGGAAAAAUGGACCACAACGAUGCCAUCGAGGCUGAUGGCAGUCUUAACUUCUUCUGGACCGACUACAUCGAGGUCAAUGGUAGCCUGUGUCUUUUCGGCAAAGUCCUGAACAAGAAGUCAAAGGAAUACGUCAGCUGCUUUGUCAAGAUUGACAACAUCUUGAGAAAGCUGUACUUCUUGCCACGUGAGCAGCGCCUUCGCGAUGGCGACCAGACUGACGAGAGCGUCGAAAUGAUGGACGUUUACACCGAAGUCGAUGAUCUCAUGACCAAGAUGAAGGUUGGCAUGUACAAGAUCAAGGCUUGUACCCGCAAAUACGCCUUCGAGCUUCCCGGAGUGCCCAAGGAAGCGCAAUACAUGAAACUUCUCUAUCCUUAUACCAAUCAACCUAUAGACCCCAAUGUCACUGGAGAGACAUUCUCCCACGUUUUUGGAUCUAAUACAGCACUGUUCGAGCAAUUCGUAUUAUGGAAGAAUGUCAUGGGUCCUUGUUGGCUCAAGAUUCAGGACGCUGACUUUGGCGCCAUCAAACACGCCUCCCACUGCAAACUGGAGGUGUUGGCCGAGCACCCGAACAUGUUGUCGGUCGCGACCGACUCGGAUAACCUUGAUGCGCCUCCUUUGACUAUGAUGAGUGUCGCCCUGCGCACUGCUUUCAAUUCUAAAGAGAACAAGCAAGAAAUCCUGGCUAUUAGCGCCAGAAUCUACGAAAAAGUGCUUCUUAGCGACACGACCCCUGCUGAGAAACUGCCCUGCAGAACGUUCACAGUUAUUCGGCCUUAUGCCCAAAAUUUCCCCUUGGGCUUUGAGCAACUUGCAAAAGCCCGUAAACGAGGUCUUAUUGUCAUGAAGAAGCAAGAAUCAGAUAUUCUCAGCUUCUUCCUGGCACAGAUUGAUGUUGCUGACCCUGACGUUAUCCUUGGUCACCAGCUUGAAGGUGUCGACUACAGCGUUCUCUUGAGUCGUUUACAAGAGAAGAAGACUCACGGUUGGUCAAGACUAGGAAGAUUCAGAAGAACCCAAUGGCCACAGUCCCUGGGCAAGAUGGGUGGGAAUGUCUUUGCCGAGCGUCAGAUCAUUGCGGGCCGAUUACUUUGUGAUUUGGCAAACGAAGCAGGCAAAUCUGCCAUGUACAAGUGUCAGACUUGGAGCUUGACAGAAAUGUGCGGUCUAUAUCUCUCUGGUGAUAACCCUCGUCUCGACGUUGAUACCGAGACUGCUUUAAACAGCUGGGCCAAAGAAAAGCAAGGCCUCAUGGACUACAUCACCCACAUGGAGGCUGACACGUAUUUUAUUGCUGCCCUGGCAAUCAGCGUCCAGAUGCUUCCACUGACAAAGGUCUUGACUAAUCUUGCUGGCAACUCUUGGGCACGCACCUUGACAGGCACGCGCGCUGAAAGAAACGAGUAUAUUCUUCUCCACGAAUUUCAUCGCAACAAGUACAUCUGCCCUGAUAAGCAGACUUUCCGCGGCCGCCAGAAAGCUUCAGAUGAGAAUGAGGAGGAAGCGGGACAGGGCAAGAAGAAGGACAAAUUUAAAGGUGGCCUUGUUUUCGAACCUGAGAAGGGUCUGUACGACAAGUUUGUUCUUGUCAUGGACUUCAACUCUCUGUAUCCCUCGAUCAUUCAGGAGUUUAACAUCUGCUUCACGACGGUCGAUCGCACUUCUUUGAGUACCGAUGAGGACGCUGUGCCCGAGGUGCCCAAAGAUCAAGACCAGGGUGUUCUCCCAAAGCUGAUUUCGACACUUGUUGGGCGACGUCGCCAGGUCAAAAGUCUAAUGAAGGAUAAAUCCGCUACGGCUGAACAGCUUGCCACGUGGGAUAUCAAACAGCUUGCCCUGAAGUUGACUGCCAACUCCAUGUACGGGUGUUUGGGAUACACGAAGUCGAGAUUCUAUGCCCGCCCGCUUGCGGUCCUAACCACAUUCAAGGGCCGUGAAAUUCUCAGAAGUACCAAGGAGCUCGCAGAAAGCAAGUCUCUACAAGUCAUUUACGGCGAUACCGACUCAGUCAUGAUCAAUGCCAACGUGGACUGUGUGGCCGAUGCUUUCAAGGUCGGCAACGAAUUCAAAAAGGCGGUUAACGAGCAAUACCGUCUCUUGGAAAUUGACAUUGACAAUGUCUUCCGGCGCAUUCUUCUACAAGCCAAGAAGAAGUAUGCUGCCAUCAACCUUGUCGAGAAGGACGGCAAAUUCAUCGAACAGAUGGAGGUCAAGGGUCUAGACAUGCGACGUCGCGAGUACUGCGCCCUUUCCAAGGAGAUUUCCAAGCAUCUUCUAGAUGAGAUUCUAUCUGGCGCCGAUACCGAGGCUGCUGUUUCGCGCAUCCAUGAAUAUCUGAGAGAGAUUGCCGCCAAGAUGCGUGAGCAGACUAUUCCCGUUGCCAAAUACAUCAUCUUUACGCAGCUUGGCAAGGACCCCAAGGAAUAUCCCAACGCCGACUCCAUGCCUCAGGUCCAGGUCGCACUCCGCGACAUUGCCCGAAAAAAGAACGUUCGCAAGGGAGAUGUCAUCUCGUAUGUCAUUACAGGCGAUGGCAAGAGCUCUGAACCACCCGCCAAGCGAGCUCACGCGCCCGGUGACCUCAAAACUGACACGACGCUGAUACCCGACGUCGAGUGGUACCUUGGCAAGCAAAUCUUCCCUCCGGUGGAGCGUCUUUGCGCCAACAUUGUCGGCACCUCCACCUCACAACUCGCCGAGCAGCUCGGUCUGGAUGUACGCCGCUACAACUCUCUGCAGACGCAGCAAAACAGCGCAAGCGACGACCUCGAGAUCCACCCCCUCGAGUCUCAGAUUCCCGACGAGGUCCGUUUCGCCGACUGCGCGCGACUCUCCCUCCGUUGCCGCAAGUGCAAGUCCUCAACGCCAUUCGAGGGUCUGGCCGUGGCCCCCGACCGCGUCUCCGCCUCUGGCGUCGUCUGCGGCGCGUGCCACAACGUCAUCCCCAAUAUCUCCAUUGUGGCGCAGGUCGAGCAUGCCGUCCGCGUUCAGAGCUCGCGCUACUACGAGGGCUGGCUGGUCUGCGACGACUCGCAGUGCGGCAACCGCACACGCCAAAUGAGCGUUUACGGCACACGUUGCCUCGGCCCCAAGGGCCUCGCUCGCGACUGCCUCGGCCGUAUGCGCUAUGAGUACACAGAAAAGGCCAUUUACAACCAGCUUGUGUACUUUGCCAGCCUCUGGGACGUAGAACGCGCCCGUGCCCGCGCCAGCGCCCCGGACGGCCCCAUGCCCAGCCAGGACCGCGAAAAGGUCCUCGCCCUCGCCGAGCACAACCGCGUCCGCUUCGGCACCGUCAAGGGCGUCGUCGACCUCUACCUCGACAAGUGCGGCCGCCAGUGGGUCGCCAUGGACUCGCUCUUUGCGCGUCUGGGCUUCAACAAGCUCCUGGCCGUAUCAUGA